GUGCACCCCUCCUCUUUCCCUCCCCGGUCGGUCACCCGAGCGCGUCCCGCCGAGGCCGGGCUACUUCAAGGGGAGGCGCCAACUCAUCGCGGCGGCGGGCAGUAACGGCGACCUGGGAGGCGGAGCGGAUGUGGCUCGGGCCUGCGUUGUGUCACAUUUACCUUACCCUAGACGACAACUUCACAAGGAUCUAGAAGGAACAGGGUUAAAGAUGACUGAAUACUGGGCUCCAGAAAUUUAGAAACAAUCAGGACUGCACAGGACCAUGGAAGACCAUAUGGAAGAAGAACUUUUCCUUCUCUAUGGAAAAAGUGUCAAGAUGCCAGUGAAAGAUGAGAGAGGUGGCUUGGAUGUGAGCAAAGCAGUGAAGCCAGUACAGGCUACUCUGUCAUCUUUGAAGAUGUUAGAUGUGGGAAAGUGGCCAAUUUUCUCCCUUUGUUCUGAGGAAGAACUGCAGUUAGUUCGUCAGGCCUGUGUCUUUGGCAGUGCUGGCAAUGAAGUUUUAUAUACUACAGUAAAUGAUGAGAUUUUUGUGCUUGGCACAAACUGCUGUGGCUGUUUGGGAUUAGGUGAUGUCCAGAGCACCAUUGAACCUCGGAGACUGGAUUCUUUAAGUGGCAAAAAAAUUGCCUGCCUCAGCUAUGGGAGUGGUCCACAUGUUGUCCUUGCAACAGCAGAAGGAGAAGUCUUUACCUGGGGUCACAAUGGUUACAGUCAGCUGGGCAAUGGGACAACUAAUCAUGGUCUAGUGCCCUGUCAUAUCUCUACUAAUUUGUCAAACAAACAAGUCAUUGAAGUGGCCUGUGGGUCUUACCAUUCUUUGGUGCUAACAUCUGAUGGAGAGGUAUUUGCCUGGGGUUAUAAUAACUCCGGGCAGGUAGGGUCUGGAUCAACAGCUAAUCAGCCAAUCCCUCGAAGAGUCACUGGCUGCUUACAGAAUAAAGUAGUUGUGAACAUAGCCUGUGGACAGAUGUGCUCGAUGGCAGUGGUGAACACUGGGGAGGUCUAUGUCUGGGGUUACAAUGGAAACGGGCAGCUGGGACUCGGCAGCAGCGGCAACCAGCCAACCCCCUGUAGGGUAGCAGCUCUGCAAGGCAUUCGUGUCCAGCGGGUUGCCUGUGGCUAUGCACACACGUUAGUAUUAACAGAUGAAGGUCAAGUGUAUGCUUGGGGCGCAAAUUCUUACGGCCAGUUGGGCACUGGCAAUAAAAGUAACCAGUCCUACCCUACUCCUGUUGUUGUGGAAAAGGACAGCUGCUGCAGUCAGCCAAGCCUCAGCCCCACCCCUGACUUCCCGCAUGGCACUGGCUGCUCCAGAAUUACAGAGAUUGCGGCCUGCCACUCUACCCACACGUCUGCAGCCAAGACGCAGGGAGGGCACGUGUACAUGUGGGGCCAGUGCCGGGGCCAGUCGGUGACCCUGCCUCACCUCACCCACUUCUCCUCCACCGACGACGUGUUCGCCUGCUUCGCCAUGCCCGCCGUCACCUGGCGCCUCCUGUCCGUGGAACCUGACGGCCACCUCACCGUGGCUGAGUCCCUGAAGAGAGAAUUUGACAAUCCCAGCACCGCAGACCUGAGAUUUCUGGUGGAUGGAAAGUACAUUUAUGCGCAUAAAGUCCUUCUCAAAAUUAGGUGUGAGCACUUUCGCUCUUCGUUGGAAGACAGUGAGGAUGAUAUUGUAGAAAUGAGUGAAUUUUCAUAUCCUGUUUACCGAGCCUUCCUGGAGUACCUGUACACAGACAGCAUCAGCCUGUCCCCCGAGGAGGCUGUAGGAUUGCUAGAUUUGGCUACAUUUUAUAGAGAAAAUCGUUUGAAAAAACUCUGCCAACAAACUAUCAAGCAAGGAAUCUGUGAGGAGAAUGCCAUCGCGCUGCUCUCGGCCGCCGUGAAGUAUGACGCUCAGGAUUUAGAAGAAUUCUGCUUCAGGUUUUGCAUAAACCAUUUGACUGUAGUAACACAGACGUCAGGCUUUGCAGAAAUGGACCAUGAUCUCUUGAAGAACUUUAUCAGCAAAGCAAGCAGAGUUGGAGCCUUUAAAAAUUAAUCCUCACCUGCAGGAAAGAAUUUUUAGCAUUUCCAUUUUCCCUGCAAAAGCCAGAGAAUAAUUUCUCUUUAAUAGUAUUUAUGAUGAGCUACAUUUGGCUGAAUACUUAAUGUUCUGUCAAAAGAAGGAUGGUGGUCAGUCUUCCCCACCUUUUGAAAUCCACAAUCUAGAGAGAAGGCAUUAAAUGCAUCAGAUGGGACUAAGCUCAAGGGAAAAAAGUUGAAAUGUCUUACUAUACUUACCGUUUCCUCUUUCGAGUCACUUAAGUUGGAGACUUUUGGUAGGUACAUGGGUCUAAGUAUAUGCUAUUCUGGCCAGAUUUCCAUAUUCAACAGGCUGAUACCACAUAGAUAGCUUGACAAGGAAUGCUGUCACUACCACACCUGCAGCAUUCAGCACAGUGUCUUGCAUAGAGUAAGGCACUCAGCUUAUACAAAUCUUAAUUAUGCCCCGAGAACAGCUUUAUUUGUGGGAUACUGGAUGAAGGAAUAACUUUCACAAAACAAAUUUAAAACGUCUGAGGCUCAUAUUCUUCUGUACAUCGUUCUAAGAAAUAGUGGCUAAUUUAGAGCGUUAAUUGGAAUUCACAAAAGGCCUUAGCAAUUAAAUUGUCAAAGACCCAAGGGCUAAUUUUAAUUCUGUCUUUACUCUGAGUCAUUAAUUUCUCACACGGGGUUAUCGAAUAAGAAGUGUACUAUCUUUGAAUGAAUGUUGUUUCUGGGCUCAUUUGCCUUACAUAAUUGCACAAUGUCCUUUACUUCUGUGUUAAGAGAGAUUUGCCUCUGUAAGUAGAAAUGAUUUUGUUUUUCUUGUAGUUGACUUUUAUGUCACUAUAAAACAGGUCUUUUAACUUGGCACAGUGUAAUUAUAAAGUACUAGCCGAAAAGGAACUACGCUUACAUUUCAUGGACAGCACUAGUAAGAAAGAGAUGAAUUUAUACUGUUUAGAUCAAGUUACCCAACUACAAAUGAGAAAAUGGAACAGGAUGUAGGAUGUAGAGUCUCCUAACAUGUACUUUCACAAUAUGAUACUAUGUAGGGAAACAAACCUCUUUUGGAAACCUUGUUCUGAUGCUGAACCGUUUGAUAAUAAAGUGCUUAUUUGCAGAUAAUAGAACAAA